AAGUGAUAAAGUAUUAAUUUUUUAACUAUUAAAGCAAAUAAACAAACUUACGAAAAAAAUGUAGUGUUGUAUAUAAUAUUUAACAUUUAUUUAUAAAAUAUUGUCAUUUGACUAUCAGUAAAAAUAUGAAAAUAUUGUGCUGACUAAUAUUUGUUACAUAUUAUCAUUUACAAAUAAAGCACUAUGGCAUCAUUUUUAAAUCAUAGAAAUGAUAGUUCCGUUUAUAUAGAAGAAGCUAUCACCAAGGAUAACGUAACGUAUUAUAAAAUUAUUGUUAAAGUCGGUUUUGUACAGUGGGACGUAUGGCAUCGCUACAGUGAUUUUGUAGAACUUCACGACAAACUCGUCCGCGAUUAUGGCAUUGAACGGGAUCUACUUCCGCCUAAGAAGGUCAUUCGUAAUAAAACACCAAAAUUUAUUGAACACAGACGAGAAGCACUCAAUGAGUACCUCAAAAAUGUAUUUAACUUUUUGAAUUUGACCAUGCCUUCAGAAUUUGCUCAUUUCCUGGACUUCCAUUUAUAUGAUAUAUUCUUUUUGCUACAAGAUUUGGCUAAGAAACUAUUUUUAGAAGGUGAUAAAAUGUUACAGAGUGAGAAAUCUCAUAAAUUUACACCAUUAGAGCUCCAUGCAAUAAGUGAAAGAUUUAAAAUAGCUUGUCCACCAACAGAGAAACUAGAUCAAAUGUAUGACUUUAGUCAUAUUUUGGACUUUUGUUCCCAAAUAACAUCGUUGAGUAUAGAAGGCAGUUAUCAAAUACUAGGCACCAGUAAUAUAGUUCCAAAUGAUUUAAAGUUUGAUCUUAUACCCUUUAAGUCUUUGAUGGAUUUAAAAAUUCUUGGUGUGCCUAUGGCCUGUAUACAAAGUGUUGGGAGUUUACGAGCAUCAUUGUGUACAUUAUCAGUAUUGACUGCUACAGUUGUAUCUCUUAAUGAAUUUCUACUAGUAGAUGUUCUACAUAAGGACCCAUCAAGUAUUACAGAUUCUAUGAUAUGGAAAAAAUUGACAUUCAUUAAUUUCUCAAGCAACAACAUAAACAAAGUGGACUGGGCUAUCCGUCUUGUACCAAAGCUGCAACACCUCAACCUAUCAUCUAACAAGUUGACAGAACUGUGUGAUAUCUCUUGCCUCCAUGAUCUCCAAGUAUUAAAUUUAUCGAUGAAUAAUUUCAGUACUUGCGAUAAUUGGCAUGCUAAAAUUGGUAACAUUGUUAAAAUUGAUUUGUCACAGAAUAAAGUUCAAUCACUACAGGGUUUUUCUAGAUUGUAUUCUUUGGAAAGUUUAGAUUUAAGCUGUAAUGUAAUCACAGAUGUUGAAGAGGUCCAGCAUAUAUGCAAAUUGCCUUGUUUAGAAUACCUAUGGUUGACAGCGAAUCCUGUGGCCACAACCAUAGACUAUAGAGUGAAGGUCAUGGAGCAAUUUAAUGCCAGAAUGUCAGAGCUUUGCUUGGAUAAUGAAAAAGCAUCCGAAAAAGAAUUGGAUACUGCAAGAGUUUUGCAAGCAUUAAGAGUAGUAAAGGAGGGUAAAACUCCAAGUUUCUUGCAAAAUAAUCAUACAAGUCAUAGUUUUCAUAAAAGUUGACAAAUUAUGUUUUUUAUUAGUUAAUUCUAUUUAUAAAUAAAAUCUGAAUAUAAUGUAUUUGAUACUUUAUGUAUUGCGAUUUUUUUGUAUUUAAAUAACGCAUUCCUUUUUCACAUGGUUUUUAUUCGCAAUUAUUGUUGAAAAUACUGACAAUUUCUGCCUUAAGACUUCUAUUUACGCUCUAAAAGUGUGGUAAAACUAAAACUUCAUAUAUAUAUGAAGUUUUAUUAUUCUCUCAGAUUAUUUAUAUAUAUAUAUAUAUAUACGUAACGUUAACGUAUCUCAAAGACAAACAUGUUUGUCUAACAAUAUUGAAGUCUUCGUUGAAAGUACGUAAAACGAUGGCGAUGAUAUACAAAUUAUGCGAGCGUAAAUAGGAGUAGGUAAUCAUGACUUAGAGUCAAAAUGUAUUUACGUUUAAGGUAACUAACUAUUAACCAACAUAUUAAUUUUGUGAUAUGCAACUCCUUGUCUUAUGUUAGUUGUAAUCUAAAUAUAACACUCAAAGUUACUAAUGUUGACUAAUAUUAUAGAUUACUUAUGAUUGGGAUAAAUAUCCUUUUUAGACCGGGAUUUUGAAGAAAACCCCGUCGCAAACAUGAUGUUUAUGUGAGCCUAUAGAUAAUUAUGGUGAAUAUAUGAUAUUUUAAUGUAUAAGUUAUAUUAUAAAGAGCAAAUGAACAUAUGCUAUAUUUAACCAAAUUGUUUCUGAACUUUAGUCAGACAACCAUUUUUACAAGAGAUAAGAUUCUAAUGGGAGAAGACAUUAGAUUUUACGUUACAAUUUGUAUCGAGUUUAUAUGUUUAUGUUUUUUUAAUAGCUACGCCAGUCUAUAGACAGCAUUAUCAAUUAAGUGUUCAUAAAAAUAGGCCCUUUUUCCUUUAAAAACUUUUUAAUAUUAUACAAUAGGACUGCUCAUUGACUUUAUUGUACCUAAUUUUUUUUACUAAUAAUGGGGUUAUCUUAAACAGAAACCUUUUUCAAUGAAGGCCAUUUCGCCAGUGUGUUUUUGAGUUUACACCAAAUGGUGUAAGCUAUCGUUUUUUAAUAGUAUUAUACUUGUGAUUUUAUUUUAAAUAAUAUUAUAUGCCUUUUAAUA